AAACAUACAUAAAGAGCGUUACAGUUACAGAGUUCAUCAUCUGACUCCAUUAAUGUGGAAACCCUAACUGUUAAGAAUAUUCAAGCUGCUAUCCCACUUCUUCUGAUCUCACCUUUUUACAUAACACCUAAAAAAUUCCUUGGGUUAUGAAGGUGGAUCAUAUCCACCACCAGUAGACAUGCCUUCAUCUCCUAAAUUCUUCUAUCCUUCACGCCAAUCAUCACAAUACACUCGAAAAACUUCUUUUCUAAUCUUUUGUAUUCUAAUUGGGAUAUCUGGAUUCCUUUUUGGAUUGUUUGCAAUAUUAAGAACCGAUGAUAAUAAUAAGUGUAGUUUUGAAGUUAGAUCUGUUUCUGUAGCUUGGGAAGAGCAUCAAAAUAGUGGUAAUCAAAACGUUGCUGUACAAAAUAAUCGAUAUAAAGUGAUGGGAUUUGUUGGGAUUCAAACUGGGUUUGGAUCUGCAGGGAGACGAGCUUCUUUGAGGAAAACUUGGUUUCCAUCUAAUCGAGAAGGACUUUUACGUUUGGAAGAAUCAACUGGUUUGGCUUUCAGAUUUGUGAUCGGAAGAACCUCUGACAAAUCGCAGAUGGCCGAGCUCAGAAAAGAGGUGGCAGAAUAUGAUGAUUUCAUGCUUUUAGACAUUCAAGAACAGUACAGUAGACUCCCAUAUAAAACGUUAGCUUUCUUCAAAGCUGCUUAUGCACUUUUUGAUUCGGAUUUUUAUGUCAAAGCUGAUGAUGACAUCUAUUUGAGACCAGACCGUCUUUCAUUACUCUUGGCAAGGGAACGUUCUCACCCUCAAACUUAUAUUGGAUGCAUGAAAAAGGGUCCUGUUUUCACUGACCCAAAGCUUAAAUGGUAUGAGCCUCUCUCUGAUUUACUUGGGAAAGAAUAUUUUCUGCAUGCAUAUGGUCCUAUUUAUGCCCUAUCCGCAGAUGUUGUCGCCAGCUUGGUUGCCUUAAGAAACAACAGUUUCCGAAUGUUUAGUAAUGAAGAUGUUACAAUUGGCGCAUGGAUGCUAGCAAUGAAUGUUAACCAUGAAAAUAAUCAUUUGCUAUGUGAACCUGACUGCACUCCAUCAUCCGUUGCUGUGUGGGAUAUUCCCAAAUGUUCAGGGCUCUGCGAUCCAGAAAAGAAGUUGCUGGAACUACAUCAAAGAAAGAACUGCUUUGAAGAUAAUCAACAACAGCUUCCAACCAAAACUCCGAGUUAUUAGAAGCUGGUAAGUGAAGCGGAGUGUUCCAAUUUUGCCGAGUUGCUUGGAUUAGCCAAAUUUUGUACAUCUUGCUAUUCUAAGUUCAUACUUCUUUCAAAGUGCAGUUUACACAGCAGUGUAUGAUUUCCCAGAUUUCCCAUGUACAAAACAUACUUAUCUGAGUUGCGAACAUACUGAUUCUGACAAUAUCUGGACUGGGUAAUACAUGAUUAUGGCAAAAUCAAAAAAUUGAUUCAGCAUUUUUCUUU